AGUAUUCUUAUCAGAGAAGUUUUUUGGUGAUAAUAAAGAGAAAAAAAGUCCAAACCUUUUUUUAUGGGUUUUGAGAGUGUGAACAGUUUUUGUAGGGUUGCAAGUGUUGUGACCGAUAAUAUUUAUCCUCCCAUUUUCAGUUCAUUGCAAAAUUCUUCUUCCUUUUUCUCAACCCAAAGGAAAAUGGAGGGUCAGAGUGAGAUAGGUCUCACUGGUGAAAGUUUAGAUACUAAUAAUAUGAUUGGGAGAAUGAGAGAAGAUGAGUAUGAAAGCCGGUCCGGAAGCGAUAACUUUGAAGGUAUAUCUGGUGAUGAUCAAGAUGCUGGUGAUGAACAGCCUAAGAGGAAGAAGAGAUACCAUAGACACACUCCUAAUCAAAUUCAAGAACUUGAAUCUUUCUUUAAGGAGUGUCCUCAUCCUGAUGAAAAGCAAAGGUUGGAUCUUAGUAAGAGACUUGGUUUGGAAAAUAAGCAAGUCAAGUUCUGGUUUCAGAAUCGUCGAACCCAAAUGAAGACUCAGCUGGAAAGGCAUGAGAACAUAAUGCUUAGGCAGGAAAAUGAGAAGCUGAGAGGGGAGAAUACUAUGAUGAAAGAAGCAAUGUCAAAUCCAGUAUGUAACAACUGUGGUGGGCCAGCAAUUCCUGGCCAAAUUUUGUUUGAGGAGCACCAGAUUAGGAUUGAAAAUGCUCGUCUAAAGGAUGAAUUGAACCGUAUAUGUGCCUUAACUAACAAGUUCCUUGGCAAGCCAAUAUCAUCCUUGGCUAGUCCCAUGGCUCUACAAACCUCAAAUUCUGGUCUUGAACUUGGUAUUGGUAGGAAUGGUAUGGGUGGUUCAAGCUCUCUCGGCGCUUCAUUGCCAAUGGGACUUGAUCUCGGAGACAGUGCAAUGCCUGGUAUGAGAUCUCCAAUGGGAUUGAUGGGAAAUAGUAACGAAAUUCAGCUCGAGAGAUCAGUGCUUAUAGAUCUUGCAUUGGCUGCUAUGGAGGAAUUAUUAAAGAUGGCUCAGACAGAUAGUCCUAUUUGGAUUAAGAGUUUGGAUGGAGAGAGGGAUAUAUUGAAUCAUGAAGAGUAUGCAAGGUUGUUUUCUUCUUGUGUUGGUUCAAAACCCAAUGGUUUUGUUGCUGAAGCUACAAGAGAAUCUGGAAUAGUAAUAAUCAACAGUUUAGCACUUAUGGAAACUUUGAUGGAUGCGAAUCGAUAUGCGGAUAUGUUUCAGUCUAUGAUUGCUAGAGCUAUCAACCUUGACGUUUUAUCCGGUGGCAUAGGUGGAACCAGAAAUGGUGCUAUACAUUUGAUGCAUGCUGAGCUUCAAUUGCUUUCACCACUAGUCCCGGUUCGUCACGUGAGAUUUCUUCGAUUCUGUAAGCAACAUGCAGAAGGUGUAUGGGCUGUGGUUGAUGUUUCUAUCGAAAUCGGUCAUGAUGCUGCUAAUGGACAACCAUUUAUAAGCUGUAGGAGGCUUCCUUCUGGCUGUAUUGUGCAGGAUAUGCCUAAUGGUUACUCCAAGGUCACAUGGAUUGAGCAUUGGGAGUAUGACGAGAGUGUUGUUCACCAACUCUAUCGUCCAUUAGUUAUUUCUGGUUUCGGAUUCGGUGCUCAUCGAUGGAUUGCCACCCUCCAAAGGCAGUGUGAAUGCUUGGCUAUCCUCAUGUCUUCUUCCAUCUCAACUGAUGAUCACACAGCCUUGAGCCAAGCUGGUAGAAGAAGUAUGUUGAAGCUGGCACAACGCAUGACCAGCAACUUCUGUUCCGGGGUUUGUGCUUCGUCUGCUAGAAAGUGGGACACCCUUCAAAUGGGAACUUUGAGUGAUGACAUGAGAGUUAUGACUAGAAAAAAUGUUGAUGACCCUGGCGAGCCUCCCGGUAUCGUGCUCAGCGCCGCGACAUCUGUCUGGAUGCCAGUUUCACGACAAAGACUGUUUGACUUUCUGCGUGAUGAACGGCUUAGAAGCGAGUGGGACAUUUUGUCUAAUGGUGGACCAAUGCAAGAGAUGGUUCACAUUGCCAAAGGACAAGGACAGGGAAAUUGCGUAUCUCUCCUUCGUGCCAAUGCUGUUAAUGCGAAUGACAGCAGCAUGUUGAUUCUGCAAGAGACAUGGAUGGACACAUCGUGUUCCGUGGUGGUAUACGCACCAGUAGACGCACAAUCCUUAAACGUAGUGAUGAGCGGUGGAGAUUCUGCAUACGUUGCACUCUUGCCUUCAGGCUUUGCCAUUCUUCCUGAUGGCAAUUCCUCUGACUAUGGUGCCUCAAACGGAACUUUACAAAAAGGUGGUAGUAUCGGCAGCGAUGGUGGCGGAAGUUUGCUCACAGUUGGAUUCCAAAUUCUGGUGAAUAGUCUUCCAACUGCAAAACUCACAAUGGAAUCAGUUGAUACUGUUAAUAAUCUCAUCUCAUGCACCAUUCAGAAGAUCAAAGCUGCACUUAGAGUUGCAUAACAAAAAUGCGUUAUGUUGUGAACUUGUUUUUUAUUUUGUUUUUUUAAUUAAUUUUUUGAAUUGAGAAAAGGGUUAUAAAUUUGGUUGUAUAGGAUUUUAUGAUAUAGAGAGAAAGGGUCGCGUAAGGAAGGUUUGGAGUCAAGAACGAACCGCAAAAAAGGAACUUGUUUUGGUGUUAGUGUUGGUGUUGCUGUUGCUGAUGGUGGUUCGGGUAUUGACUCGUUGACCUGCGAGUUAUAUUCUUACAUACAUAUCCAAACAAAUGUGUCUGUUAUGUACUGUUGCAUAACUGUUAUGACUUUUUUUAAUGCAUUUUUUCAUGUUUUGGUUUUUAAUA